AUGUUCUUUUUAAAGCAUUGGGAUUAUUCUGAUCAAGACCUUGUCUUAAUGUAUUUGAGAAUGCUCUGUGCCACAAAUUAUUCGUUAACAUUGAAUGAGGAUGCAAAAAUUGUUUUUAACUCCAAGUCUAUCUCAGAUAAAGUGAUAGUGGUAUCUGGCGGAGGUUCGGGGCAUGAGCCAACACAUGCUGGAUUUGUGGGAGAAGGUUUAUUGGAUGUCGCUGUUGUAGGAAAUAUUUUUGCUUCACCUUCAGCUAAACAAAUUCUUAAUGGGAUUAAAUCGAUCAAAUCUGACGAAGGUUAUCUUUUAAUUGUCAAGAAUUAUACGGGAGAUAUAUUGAAUUUUGGACUCGCUGCAGAAAGAGCUAAGGCACUUGGAAUGGAUGUUGAGCUAGUUAUUGUUGCUGAUGAUGUUGCAGUUGGGAGAACAAAAAAUGGGUUAGUUGGAAGAAGAGGUCUCGCUGGAACAGCAUUGAUACAUAAGAUAUCAGGAGCUAAGGCAGCUAUGGGUGCCUCGUUGUCUGAAGUUGCCUAUAUUUCUCAGAAGGUUGUUGAUAAUAUGGUAACUAUUGCUGCGAGUUUGGAACAUUGUUCUGUGCCUGGUAGGGUUGAAGAUGAAUUAGAACUACUUAAGCCAAAUGAGAUUGAAAUUGGAAUGGGAAUUCACAAUGAACCGGGCGUAAAGAAGCAUUCCAGCAUUCCAAGUAUAGGAAGUCUUGUUGAAGAAUUACUUGAGUAUCUAUUAUCAAAGAAUGAUAAAGAGCGAAGUUACGUACCUUUCGAAUCUAAUGAUCAGGUUAUAUUGCUAGUUAAUAACUUGGGCGGAACGUCGGUCUUAGAAUUAAAUGCAAUUGGUAGUGUUGUACUUCAGAAACUUAAAGAGGAUUAUUCAAUAGAUCCAAUUCGUGUUUAUAUUGGUGGGUUCACAACAUCAUUAAAUGGCCAAGGAUUUAGUAUUACGCUCCUUAACGCAACAAGAUCUGGUGGUGAUGAAAUUAUUGAAUUGCUUGAUAAGCAUACAGAUGCUAUUGGUUGGAUUUCAAAUAUAUCUUCACAAACCGAAAAAAUUAAUAAUGAUCUAGUUAAAGAUGAUUUUAAAGAAGUUGAUGGAGAUGAUUCAAAUAUUAAAUCAACUGUUAUGCUGGAUUCGAGUAUUUUCGAAUCAGUAUUGCGAGGGGGAUUAAAAGAAGUAUUAUCUAAGGAGCUGCAAAUUACCCGUUAUGAUACUAUCGCGGGUGAUGGUGAUUGUGGUGAAACACUAGCUGCCGGUGCUAAUGCUAUAUUAAAAGCAUUGAAUGAAAAAAGAAUAAAUCUUUCAGAUAUGGUAAAUGCAUUAAAUAGUAUUGCGAUAAUACUUGAAGAUAACAUGGGUGGAACUUCCGGUGGUAUUUAUUCGAUUUUUAUUAGUGCUUUGGCACAAAGUUAUAUUAGAAAAAAUCGAAAAGAGGGUGCUUUUGAAGUUAACAGGAUAAACCUUGCAAAAUCUCUUAAAGAUGCGUUAACAUCAUUAUUUAGGUAUACACAAGCAAGAACCGGUGAUAGAACUCUAAUUGAUUCAUUAGAGCCUUUUAUUAGAGAAAUUGGAAAUACUUUUGAUUUCACAAAGGCAAAGAUGGCGGCCAUGGAUGGUGCUGAAAAUACCAGAAAGUUAACAGCAAAGUUUGGGAGAGCCUCGUAUGUUUCUGAAACAGAAUUUAAAGAAUUCCAAAAUGAAGGGGGAUUACCUGAUCCUGGAGCUGUUGGCUUAGCAGCUUUAGUUGAAGGUUUAGUUACUAGUUUUGAGAAGUAUCAAUAA